AUGGGAGCCCCUGAGGAAGAGGCACCACGUCCGCCGUCGGACAUCACCGUGUUCGGGGCCAACUGCACCCUUCACGGCCUGAGCCACAUUUUCCUGCCCGGUGGAGUGACUUUUCGCCGCUUGCUUUGGGCCGCCGCAUUCAGCGCCUCGCUCUCUAUCUUCCUCCUACAAGUUGCUGACCGUGUGAUUGAGUAUUACCAGUACCCCCAUGUCACCAUCCUGGAUGAAAUGGACAGUCCCGUCAUGUAUUUCCCCGCCAUCACCCUCUGCAACUACAACAGCUUUCGCAAGUCCCAGAUCACAAGGAAUGACAUCUUCUGGAUGGCCGGCCUGCUGGGUGUGGAACAGAGUGACUUUGAUGAUUUCAUGGCCGCUUUGGGGCAGCCCACAGACAACAGCAAGUUUUUCCCCAGCAAGACCUUCAACAUGCUGGAGUUUGUGCAGAGGACAAGCCACAACAUAGACGAAAUGUUGCUGGACUGCAAAUAUAGAGGCAAGGACUGCGGACCAGAGAAUUUCACUACGGUAACCUCCACGUCUGAAUCAAUUGCUCUGGGGACCCGGAAGCCCAAUGAUGCCCAAGAGACCUCUGACCAACAAACAGAGUCCACUUUACUGAAAACAUCACUUAAAGAAAUCACUGUGGAUUUUAUAAGAAGGACCAAGAUCCAUGGUUUGAAGUUUAUCUUCUCUCCAGACAAGUCGAAACCACAGCAGGUCAUUUGGAUCCUGGCCUUUUUCCUUUGUUUCAGUCUGCUGUGUACAUGGUCCCGGAACCGAAUCCUCUAUCUGAUGUCCUACCCUGCUGUUACCAAGAUCUACAUGGUUUGGGCUCACAACAUGUCCUUCCCAGCCGUUACCUUCUGCAAUAAAAAUGUGUUCCGUGCAUCCACUCUGACCAAGGAUGACUUGUAUCACAGCGGUUACUGGAUGGACCUCAUGUACUCAAAUCACACGGUGAUAAAGAGGAGCCUGUCCAUCCUCAAAGACAGCCAUAAGCCAGGGAUCCUGAGUCUGCUGGACUUUCGCAACUACACCCCGGCCCCCGAUUACCGCGUCAACACCACAGAGAUGAUGGGUCGCCUCGGUCACCAGCUGGAGGACAUGCUGCUGGAGUGCCGGUAUCGAGGGGAGACCUGUACCCCGAAAAACUUCAGCACUAUUUACACGCGCUAUGGAAAAUGCUACACGUUCAACUCGGGAUUAGACGGCAACCCUUUGUUGACCACAUUGAAAGGUGGCACAGGAAAUGGUUUGGAAAUCAUGCUGGACAUUCAGCAGGAUGAAUACCUGCCUGUGUGGGGAGAGACAGAUGAGACCUCCUACGAAGCAGGCAUCAAGGUUCAGAUCCACAGCCAGGAUGAGCCACCUUUUAUUGACCAGCUGGGAUUUGGUGUGGCCCCUGAUGAGACUUCCUAUGAAGCUGGCAUAAAGGUGCAGCUUCACACUCAGACAGAGCCGCCUUUCCUCCACGAGCUGGGCUUUGGGGUCGCCCCCGGCUUCCAAACAUUUGUUUCCAGCCAAGAGCAGAGGCUUCAGUACCUCCCACCGCCUUGGGGAGAUUGCAAGUCCACUCCAAUAGACUCUGAAUUCUUCUCCACGUACAGCAUCACCGCAUGCCGCAUUGACUGUGAAACCCGGUACCUGCUGGAGAACUGCAACUGCAGGAUGGUUCACAUGCCGGGGACAUCUACUGUUUGCACACCUGAGCAGUAUAAAGACUGCGCUGACCCGGCUUUAGACUUUUUGGUAGAGAAAGACAACGAUUACUGUGUCUGUCAGACACCCUGCAACAUGACUCGCUAUGGCAAGGAGCUGUCCAUGGUUAAGAUCCCCAGUAAGGCAUCUGCUAAGUAUCUGGCUAAGAAAUUCAACAAAACUGAACAAUAUAUUGGAGAAAAUAUAAUGGUGUUGGACAUCUUCUUUGAAGCUCUGAAUUACGAGAAAAUUGAGCAGAAGAAGGCCUAUGAAAUUGCAGGGCUUCUCGGUGACAUUGGAGGUCAGAUGGGGCUGUUUAUUGGAGCCAGUGUUCUGACAAUACUGGAAAUAUUCGACUACCUAUACGAGGUUUUCAAGGAUAAAGUUCUGGGUUACUUCAUGCGCAAGAAAAGGCCACAGCGUUGUCAGAGCGACAAUCUGGAGUUUCCAGAGAACCCAACCAGCCCUGGUGUCACGCCUAAUCAUAGCACCUGUGACACCCUCCGGAGUCACUCGGACAGUCUCGGAUUCACGCCGAACAUGUUACCUCGUCACCCGACUUUAGGCAACUUUGAGGAGUUUGCUUGUUGA